AUGUCACAGGCUUGUUUCGAUGACGUGAUGAAGUUUAUGAAGGAGUCAAGUCACCCUGAGAAUAUAAUUCCAUCAAACUUUAGGGAAACAAAGAAACUUGUUGCCGGACUCGGUUUAUCCAAGAUCAAGAUAGAUUGUUGCAUUAAUGGGUGUAUGCUUUAUUAUAAAGAUGACAUAAAUUUGAAGGAAUGCAAAUUUUGUAAUGAGCCUCGAUAUAAAGCAAAUAAUGUACAGAGGAGACACUCUAAGGACGUUCCUCGCAAGAGAUUGCAUUACUUGCCUCUCACCCCUCGCUUGCAAAGAUUAUAUGCUUCUCCGAGAUCUGCAGAGCACAUGAGGUGGCACUUUGAAAAUCGUAGAGAAGAAGGUGUGUUGUGUCAUCCUUCAGACGGAGAAGCAUGGAAACACUUUGACCAUGUAUAUCCUGGAUUUGCCUCAGAACCUCGAAAUGUUAGACUUGGUCUGUGUGCUGAUGGCUUCACCCCUUUUAGCCAAUCAACCACAACAUAUUCUUGUUGGCCAGUAAUUGUCACACCAUAUAACCUACCUCCCGAGCUAUGUAUGAUGACGCCUUAUAUGUUCUUGUCCUUGAUCAUUCCAGGUCCACACAGUCCAAAAGGUAAAAUUGAUGUGUAUUUGCAGCCGCUUAUAGAUGAGUUGCAACAAUUGUGGAAUGAUGGUGUAGUAACAUAUGAUGCUUCAAAGAGGCAAAAUUUUCAAUUGAGAGCUGCAUUAAUGUGGACAAUAAAUGAUUUUCCAGCCUAUGGUAUGUUGUCUGGGUGGAGUACUGCUGGAAGAUUAGCAUGUCCGACAUGCAAGGAAAAUUCAAAAGCUUUUUCAUUGAAACACGGAAGGAAAACGUCUUGGUUUGAUUGCCACCGUCAAUUUUUACCUGAUAAUCAUGCAUUUAGGAGAAACAAGGUUGCCUUUUACAAGAAUAGAAUUGAUAAAAAUGAGCAUCCUCCUAUCUUAAGUGGUGAACAAGUGUGGGAAAAGGUUUAUGGAAUUCCCAAGAUAACUGACACGAGGCAAUGCAUUGUUCCUGGCUACGGAAUUUUGCACAAUUGGACCAAAAGAAGCAUAUUUUGGGAUUUGCCUUAUUGGAGACACAACCUAUUGAGGCAUAAUCUUGAUGUUAUGCAUAUAGAGAAGAACGUGUUUGAAAAUGUAUUUCAUACAGUUAUGGACAACAAAGAGAAAACUAAGGACAAUGAGAAGGCACGAUUGGACUUAGCAGAGUAUUGUCACAGAAAGGAGUUGUUGCUGAAAAAAAAUCCUAAUGGGAAUUAUACCAAACCUAAAGCCAAGUUUUGUUUGACAAAUGAACAGAAAAAUGAUGUGUGCGAAUGGGUGAAGGGGUUAAAGAUGCCUGAUGGUUAUGCUUCCAAUUUAGGUAGAUGUAGGACUCAUCAAGACCAUGUGAUACAAACUUUUUCUAUCUUUGAAAAUUUACAUGGCGAAACAAGUGGAAAAUGCAGUGAUAGGUGGCUUAACGAUAAAGAAUUGGCGGCUGCCCAAUUGCAUGUUCUCUUAAAUUGCAUUGAGGUUAAGCAAUUGAUUGAGUAA